AUGGGUUCGCUGGGCGCGUCUCGCCUGAUCCGCGAGCCGCUGAAGAGAGGCACGUCGCUCGACCACCUCGAGUACGUCGACAUGACGCCCAUCAUCGGGCGCGAGUAUCCCACCGCGAAGCUCAAGGCGAUGCUCGAGGCGCCCAACGCCGACGAGCAGCUGCGGGACCUCGCCAUCCUGAUCAGCGAGCGCGGCGUCGUCGUCUUCCGCGCCCCGCAGGACGACCUCACCAUCGACGACCAGAAGCACAUCACCGACCAGCUCGGCAGAUUAACCGGCCGGCCCGCCGAGCACGGCCUGCACGUCCACCCGCUCUACAACGACCCCAACAAUAUCCCCAUGGCCGACGGGACCACGGACGAGCACAUCUAUGUGAUCAAUUCCGAGGCCGCCAAGAAGCUGUAUGCCACUAUGAAGGACCGCCCUGGCGCGGCGGACGAGCCCCGGGACCUGGGACGCGAGUGGCAUAGUGACAGUCUGUACGAGAACGCGCCGUCGGACUUCUCGUUCCUGCGGAUGGAGUCGACGCCGGCGACGGGGGGCGACACGCUGUGGGCGUCGGGGUACGAGCUGUACGACCGGCUGUCGGGGCCGUUCCGGCGGUUCCUCGAGACGCUGACGGCGACGUGCGCGCAGCCCGUGUUCGCGACGGCGUGCGCCGCCGGCGGCUACGCCGUCGCGUCGCCGCGCGGCUCGCCGCUCAACGUCGGCGCCGCCUUCGCCCCCUCCCACCCCGUCGUCCGCACCAACCCCGUCACCGGCUGGAAGUCCGUCUUCGCCGGCCUCGGCCUCCACGUCAGCCGCAUCGACGGCGUCACCUCCUACGAAGACGCUCUCAUCCGCGACUACCUCCUCCGCCUCCUCACCCGCAACCACGACGGUGUCGCCCGCCUCCACUGGACCCGCGGCGCCUGCGCCAUCUGGACUAACGUCAGCACCCUCCACGCAGCGACGCCCGACACGCACCUCGUAGACGGCAUCAGGACCGGCGUCCGCGCGUCGGGCAUCGGCGAGGUGCCGUACCUGGACCCGGCCAGCACGGGCAGGCGGGAAGCCCUUGGACUGCCCCAGUACUAA